AAUUAAAUACACUAAAAUUGUGAUUAAAUAUACUGAAGUGCUGUUGACACUAAAUUAAUGAAGCGGCUCACACCAGCGGAUUGACGGGAUUCAAACCAAAACCUUUUCUUAUUUCAUUUUCACACUUGGAAUGUCUGAAUGCUGCCAGCACAGCGCUGCAUCAGUCAGUUUGUUUGCUUGUUUUAUUUUUGUUUUGAAGGAAGUGGCGACAAAUUGCUCUUGGUGCCUGACCAGUUCCACGUCUUCAUGUCACAGUUUGUUUGUUUGUUGUUUUUCCCCGUCAGGAUGCAGAGCACCACAAACUACCUGUGGCUCAUAUCGGACCUGCUGGGUCAGGGAGCAACAGCCAAUGUCUACAGAGGAAGACACAAGAAAACGGGCGACCUGUAUGCCGUCAAAGUGUUUAACAACCUGAGUUUUCUGCGUCCGCUGGACGUCCAGAUGAGAGAGUUCGAAGUGUUGAAGAAACUCAACCACAAGAACAUCGUCAAGCUCUUCGCCGUGGAGGAAGAGUCGAACACGCGGCACAAAGUCCUGGUGAUGGAAUAUUGUCCCUGUGGGAGUCUCUACACAGUUUUAGAGGAAUCCUCCAAUGCAUACGGACUUCCUGAGGAUGAGUUCCUCAUAGUUCUUCAUGAUGUGGUGGCAGGAAUGAACCACCUGAGGGAGUAUGGCAUCGUGCAUCGCGACAUCAAACCCGGAAACAUCAUGCGAGUGAUCGGAGACGAUGGACGCUCCGUGUACAAGCUGACAGACUUCGGUGCGGCUCGCGAGCUGGACGACGACGAACAGUUUGUGUCGCUGUACGGAACCGAAGAAUAUCUGCAUCCUGACAUGUACGAGCGUGCCGUGCUGAGGAAGGACCACCAGAAGAAGUACGGCGCCACGGUGGACCUGUGGAGCAUCGGCGUCACCUUCUACCACGCAGCCACCGGCAGCCUCCCCUUCAGGCCAUUUGAAGGCCCACGCAGGAACAAGGAAGUCAUGUACAAAAUCAUCACUGAGAAGCCGUCUGGGACCAUCUCCGGCCACCAGAAAUGUGAGAACGGGAAGAUCGAGUGGAGCUCGGAGAUGCCGGUGUCCUGCAGCCUUUCCAAGGGUCUGCAGAGCCUCCUGACCCCGGUGCUGGCCAACAUCCUGGAAGCUGACCAGGAGAAGUGCUGGGGCUUUGACCAGUUCUUCGCUGAAACCAGUGACAUCCUGCACCGCGCCGUGGUCUACGUCUUCAGUCUGCAGCAGGCCACGCUGCACCACGUUUACAUCCACGAGUACAACACGGCGGCGCUGUUUCAGGACCUGCUGUGCCGCAGGACCAGCAUCCCACUGCACAACCAGGAGCUCCUCUACGAGGGCCGCCGGCUGAUCCUCGACCCGAACCGCCAGGCAAAGACUUUCCCCAAGACCUCCAGAGAAAACCCCAUCAUGCUCAUGAGCCGCGAGUCCGUGGCCACGGUGGGACUCAUCUUUGAAGACCUGGGACCUCCAAAAGUUCAACCUCGUUACGAUCUUGACCUGGACGCCAGCUACGCCAAGACAUUUGCAGGAGACAUUGGAUAUUUAUGGAAAACAUCGGAGUCACUGCUGGUUUAUCAGGAAUUAGUGCGAAAAGGAGUUCGAGGUUUAAUUGAGCUGAUGAAAGAAGACUACAGCGAGAUUGUGCACAAGAAGUCUGAAGUUUUUCAUCUGUGCAGCUUCUGCACUCAGAUCCUGGAGAGGACGGAACAGCUAUUUGAGGUGUUGAUGCAGGCGAACAUGCUGUCAACGGAGUACGAUGAGAUUUCAGACAUGCACAAGAAAGUGCUGAGAAUUUCUGGAUCCUUGGAGCCCAUAGAGCGAACAACACAAGACAUCAAGAGUAAAUUUCUCCAAGGAGGUCUGCUGACUGACAGCUGGACUCUGCAAGUGGGCACGCAUCCUGAGGACAGAAAUGUGGAGAAGAUCAAAGUGCUGCUGGACGCCAUCACGGCCAUCUACCAACAGUUCAAGAAGGACAAAGCGGAACGACGUUUGCCUUAUAACGAGGAACAGAUUCACAAGUUUGACAAACAAAAGCUGGUCCUUCACGCCAGUAAAGCGCGCUCUUUGUUCACCGAGGAAUGCGCCAUGAAGUAUCGUCUGUUCAUCUCCAAGAGCGAGGAGUGGAUGAGGAAGGUGCAUCACGUCCGGAAGCAGCUGCUCAACCUGUCGGGUCAGCUGAUCAGCACCGAGAAGGAGGUGAGCGUGCUGAUGGAGCGAGCCAUUAAGCUGCAGGAACAUCUGCCGCAGAAAGUCGUGCCGCUGGUGUCGAGCGGGAUGAAGCCUCAGGCCUACCUGAGCCAGAACACACUGGUGGAGAUGACGCUGGGGAUGAAGAAGCUGAAGGAGGAGAUGGAGGGCGUGGUCAGGGAGCUGGCGGAAAACAACCACUUUCUGGAGAGAUUUGGCACUUUGACGCUGGACGGCGGCUUAAGAAACGUCGACAGGAUCUGAGACUUGAAGCACCUUUUUAUCCAAAAAAAAAAAAAGUCUGCUUGAAUUUUGUACAUAAUAUGUCUGUAUCUUGUAAAUACUGUCAAACUUUUUUUUACAUCAAUCAUUACGUAAUUCUGUCAUUCUGAUAAUUUACUGAAGAUACUGUCACUCUCCAGCAGAGGUCGCCAUCUUGUUCUUCGACUCCGAUGCUUUCACUAAUUUUGAAACGAUGGCUGGUGGAGGUGAAGGACUGUUAGUCACAGUCUGUGUUUGUUGUUAUUUUAGACCUAACAAUAACUGUUAUCGAUCCGUUUGUAUUUUCCCCGGACAGUAAGUCGCAGAUCAGCUGAGUUGUGUUGCGGUUUAAAUCAGGAAAUACCUCAUCAGGAUGGAUCCCAUCAAAGCUCCUCUCUUACUGUUUCAGUAAAACGCUCGAUGACUGUUUGAAAUCUGUAAAUAAAUCUCUUAAUGA